AAUUCUCAUUAUUUCUAAUUUCUAUUUUGAACAUUUUGAAGAAUUUUCACCAGAUUGGGUUUUAAUUGAGUUCUUCUUUCGCAUUUAACCUAGCCAAGCCGCCACCACUGUAAUUCAACCACGCGCCGCUUAUUCAUCCGUCACCUUCCUCCUCCUUCCGCCGUGACUCUUCAGAUAUGGUUAUUCCACCUCCGGUAAGGCCUCCAAGGAUUAUAAAUUUCCUCAAACCCUAUGUUUUGAAGAUGCAUUUCACAAACAAGUACGUCACUGCUCAAGUCAUCCACACUCCGACUGCUACCGUAGCUUCUUCCGCAAGCUCGCAGGAGAAAGCCUUAAGAUCGACGUUGGAAACUACUCGCGAUGUUGCUGCCGCUGCGAAGAUCGGGAAGCUACUUGCAGAGCGGCUUUCGCUUAAGGACAUUCCUGCUGUUGCUGUUCACUUCAAGAGAGAACAGCGGUAUCACGGAAAGGUAAAGGCUGUUAUUGAUUCUCUAAGGGAGGCUGGUGUUAAGCUGCUUUGAGUUGUGGUUUUUAUGUGUUUUGUUUGUUGUAUAUGGAAGAGAUCGUCUUUGUUGAAUGUUGUCUUUGCGAAUGAAGAGUAUGAAGAAUGAUAUGUUUUGUAUUGUUUUGGUAGAAAAUAAGAUCACUGAUGCUAAACCCGAGCUCCUCGUGUUUCUUUUUAACAAUGUUAUAUAAGAUGACUGUUGUUUUGAUCUAA